AGUCACGCCAUUCUUCACUCUUAUCUCUCUUCCUUCAACACUCAAGGAAUUCUUAGUAAACUAGGUGGUUGCAGCUAAGCAUGAUCUUCCACCUGUGAAAUGUUUUCCAUGGAUUUCUGACAGGACCCUCUCUAAAAAAAUAUUGGCGACACUCUGCUUGACCUCCGUCAAAAAUGGAGGAAGAAGCUUUAAGGGUAUUUUUAGUUUUUUUUUUUAUCAUUCAAUUCUAUUGAAUUAUGAUUUAUUAAAGAGAGUUAUUGACGAAAUGCUAUACGACUCAUGUAUGAGUAAAACCAUGAUUACUCGUUGAAAAUCUUUGUUGUCUAUAUGAUUUCUUAAUGAAAAUUAUCUUCGUACAAAACUUUGUUAUAAAAAAUCAUUGAAAAACUACAAUCACUCCUCAUCAUUGUUUUUUAAUCAAACAAACUUUCAUUUAUAAGAUAUUAUUUAUCAACAAUUAUCAUCGUGAAUGCUAUAAGAGAGCAAUGUCUCAGUAGAAAACCAUGAAUCCUCAAUGAAAAUCAUUGAUUGUUUAUUGGAAAAGUUAUCGUUAUAAUUGAUUAGAUGAAUCUUGUUUUUAUCUGUUGCUAGACGGGAGUCUAGCAUUAUGAUUUUUCAAACUUACAUAAAGUAUAGGCAAGAGAUCCUGAGGCUAUGUAGAUAUUAGUUUCGUUUAACUUGUUGGACAGGAAUAUAGGAUUUGAGUGUUUAAACUAAUAACAAUCUUCGAGUUAGGAGAGUGAGUGAGAUGGAUAGAUCACAAUAAGGCAAUUACCCAUCAUCUUACGAGUGACGUCCAUUGCUCUUAUGAGUUUCUCAAAAAAAAAAAAAAAAAAUAGAAUUGACCAUUUCGUUACAAGUUUGAAGUGCAUAAUCAUUUUGAAAAGGAAAAAAAAAAAAAACUCCAUGAAGAUUUUAUAAAGAUACGAAUAAUAUGGGGACAUAUUAUUGGUAUAAUUAUCUCUUUUCAUAACACUUUCCCCCAAGUCCCAAGUCCGAUCGCGUUUCCACCACUAUUCUCCUUCUCCGCCCCGUACUAGGACUAGGUUGUGGUGCUCAAGUCUAGGGUUUCCAUAUAAAUUCCCAAAUCACAAUUGGCGGCUGUAUGAUUAUGAAGUCUAGCCUCAAGCGGAACCAGCGACAAGGAAGCAAGCAAACAGAGCAUCAAUGUCGUCGUCCUCCUCCUCGCGAUUCGUGGUGAACUCCGACGCCUUGUUCAUCUGCGGCACCGGCGAUGGCGCCAUCUUGGUAAUCGACGCUGGAACUGAUCUGAAUCACGCCUCCUACUCCUCUCUGACCUGGAAGAUUGUGGCGGCCGUAACUACCAACAAACUCACCGGCGCGCCCAUUCCGCUGGGGACGAUGGUACACAGGGCGCUGGAAAUAUUCGGGACGGUGAUCGAAGGCGGCGACCUGGACAAAUUGCAGGGCGAGCUCUUCGAUUCCAAGAUUCUGGUCAACCGCGACGGCUACCAGGUCAAGUACUGGAACAAGAACGGGAACGCAGCUGGUGGAUUCGUGAUCGGAGGCAGCGAUAUGGCGAAGCUGAACAACUUGUUCGGUUGGGGGAAGUACGGGGUGAAGCCGGCGAUGACCACCGUGUGGAACCGCUACGUGGCCAGAGGGGAGGUUGUGGUGGAUUACGUGGCGGCGGAGGAGAGGCGGAAGGAGACGGCGGCGGAGUCCGAGAAACAGAGGAAGAAGUUGCGCGAGUCGGCUUUGAGGGCGGCGGAGAAGGAGGAGAUUGUGGGGCACUACAAGCGGAUUCUGGAGGAGAAUAAGGAGGUCAUGUGGGAGAAGGAGAGUGCGAAAGAGCGGCUGAGGGAAGUGAUUGAAGAGAAGAACAGGGUGGUUGAAGAACAGAGCAGGGUUAUCAAGGAGAAGGAAGUGGAGAUUCGGAGCUUGAAGGCGGAGAAGAAGAAGAAGAUUGAAUCUGAAAAUGGGACUGGGAUUGGGGAUUCGACAUUCCUUCUUUUCUGCUUUUUUCUCUUUUUUCUCUUUUUUGUUUCUGUUUGUAUAAGCAUUAGUGUGGAGCCUUUCUAUUGUGCUGUAUAGCACCCAUGCUAUAAAAAACAAAAAAUAAAAGGUGACAUGUUGAGGAGGUAAAUCCACUAAAGGACUGGUCCCGCAUCAUUAAUGGCAAUCUUGUAAAUAAUGAAUCAAUGUAUACAAGUGUAGGUGCAAAUUAGAGUUGUACCAUAACGUAUAGGUACAAGUUUCAGCUCUACCAUUGAAGAAUUUGUUUCACAAAGUGUAAGUACAACUCAAAAUUGUACCUAGCGUGUAGAUAUAAUUUUAGGUUGUACCAUAGAGUUUUUUUUUUUUUUUGUAAAAUUGUAGGUACAACAUAAAGUUGUACUAUGGUA